AUGGAUGAAUCUAAUAUGUCCUGCGAAGACCUCAUGAUUAGUGAAACCACUGUUGAAAUUAGUCGACCAGUCAUGGACGCAGUUGAAAAUACACCCACGUCAUCAGGAUGUACUCCCGCUGCGAGUAUCACAUUGGAUCAAUUCUCGAGACUUCUAGAUUUUAAGUUGGAUACUAAACUGGAAAGCUUUCAAGCAUCUUUAACCAGAACAAUAAGGAAGGAAGUUAGUGAUCAAAUAGCCAAACUAAAAUCCGUGUUCACCGUAACGACAGAUUUUUUUGCGGAGUAG